AUGUCAACAUACAAUCCACGAAGAUCUCUUGCACGUCCCCGACCUUCAAUACUCAACGGCAUCAACGCCUCUUCUAGCCCCAAUCUCAGCGGACUAUACAACGCGCACCAAACAAAGUCACUGGUGGUAAAGCCACACGCGCCUCUCAGGAAAGCAUCCGCGAACGCUCUUACAUCCAGCUCUCUGGCCUUAAUACCCGAUGCAAGCGGAGGAUACACCCUGAGUUCGGCAUUGGAUGUGAAUUCACAAGCGGUUAAGAUGCCGCCCUUGACGCCAUCCCGCGCGGGAGGGGAGGAUCUUGAAGUCGGAGAUAUCGUCGAUGUCCCGGGAAGCAUGUACGGAACCGUAAAGUUCGUCGGGACGGUACAAGGGAAGAAGGGCACAUUUGCAGGGGUGGAAUUGAGUGAAGAAUUCGCAGCGCGGGGAAAGAACAGCGGCGAUGUCGAUGGCUGGAGCCGGUAUCUUUCUUCCGAUAAACAGGGCAAUCCGACGGGGGUCUCCUUCGUCACAAGAGGGCUCCUUUCCUAUCACACCAACGACACCUUCAAUAGGCGGGAGCUUCAGGCGAGGCCCUCCAUUGGCACUCCGUCCAAGGCGCCCUCACGGUAUGGAAGUCCGGCACCAGGGAAGUUCGGGCAGAGCGUUAGAGGUACACAGGACUCGAGAGACCCAAGUAAGAAGCCGGUAUUGGCUCCUAGGAAUGGUAUGAAAAUGAGCGUUGGCCCUCGCAGUGCUUCUGCUCUUGGUCAGGUUCAAACGAACUACGGCGAUGAGGAAACUACGCCUGUUGGACCUACUCGAACCGCCACCAAUGGAAGCAUCAGCUCGAACUCUUCGUACAAUGUCAAAUUGCGUCCAGCUUCUCGCACAGCCUCUCGUAAUGCCUCGAGGGCGAAUAAUGACGACGAGUUGGACAAAUUACGAGGACAACUAGAAGAGCGCGAUAGACAGCUCCGGGAUCAGGCAUCUAGCUUGGCUGAGAUGGAAAACAGUCUCGUCGAGGUCCAGGCAUUGAUGAGCUCACCAGAAGUGGGUGGCCGGCAAGAUAGAGGCAGCGUCGAGGGCAAAGACGCUUCACAACUACGAGCCAUACUUCGGGAGAAGAAUGAGAAGAUUGCAAUGCUGACUGCAGAGUUUGAUGCCCAUCGAGCCGACUUCAGGAGUACGAUCGAUACUCUCGAGCUGGCAAGCACGGAGACCGAACGAGUGUACGAGAAACGGGUUGAAGACCUCCUUCAGGAAGUCAGAGAACUUGCAGAACGAAGCGAGGAUGUUGACAGCGUCGCACAACAAUUGAAGCAGCUGGAGGAGCUUGUUCAAGAAUUGGAAGAGGGUCUAGAGGAUGCUAGACGUGGUGAAGCUGAAGCUCGAGGGGAGGUUGAAUUCCUCCGAGGUGAGGUCGAGAGGACUAGAUCAGAGCUUCGCCGUGAACGGGACAAGGCAACUGCUACAAUGAUCGGGGGGGCUACUGGAGAUUCUGGGGACCCACAAAAGAUCAUCGCGCAGCGUGACGACGAGAUUCGAGGCUUGAAAGCCAUCAUACAUUCACUAAGCCGAGAUGCCAUCCCAGACAUGGGAAGCCCGAACGGAGACCCCCAAAAGACACCUACGAACCCGACCCGGCACGGCUCUUCGCAGUGCAAGCCAAGUAACGGUGGCCUAGAUUCCCUCGAGGAUCGCGUGGUCCGGGAAAGACUGGAGAGAGAGGUAGCGGAGCUGCGAGCUACCGUCGAGGCCAAAGUCAACAGAGAAGAUGAGCUCGAGCGCGAAGUAGAACGUCUUCGCAGAGGAAGCGCGAGCAACGGAACCAGCCAGCGAGCAAGCGCUACAAGCACAGGAACAGCCACCCAAGACCAGGCCUCCGCGCAAGAUUCUAAGGGUACAAUUGUCAGCUGGCGUGACCGGGAUACGCGAGCUUCAACAGAAAGCCACAAACGAGGCAACACCCUAGAGACCAUGCCAGAGAGUGAUACAUACUCCUCCGCCAACGAGAGUUUCUGUGAGCUAUGUGAAACCGCCGGCCAUGACAUUCUGACAUGCACGAACAUGUUCAGUCCCAACGGCGCUACUCCACCCAGGGCUCGCCUCCGAACCGGGAAGGACGUAGUCAAAGUCGGUCUAUCCCCCAAGCCAUCACAUGAUGAAUACAAACCCGCCCCUCUCUCUCCAAUAAAGAGCAGGCCAUCUACCAACCUGCUUUCCGAACACUCCCAACCACUACCGGUUGUACAAAUCAUUCCCAACCCCAUGGCAUCCGGGCCCGUGGCUGGCAAAGAAAGCGGGGUGGUAAACAUGGAUAAAUGGUGUGGCGUGUGCGAGCGCGACGGCCACGACAGCAUCGAUUGCCCUUUCGAAGAUGCGUUUUAG